UCCCAGGUCGUACGUUCCUGCAUACAACUGAUCAAUCAUGGCUGCGUCGUCAUCUACGUUGAUUGGGUUAGAGGGAGAGCCUGUCUCAGGCCUGUGCAUUGCGCCAGGCGGACUGUCUUUCUGUCCCUUCGACAUACGAGACUGCCGUUUUGAUGGAGUUCUGGCGGCGGGGAUCCGGAGUAUCACCUCUUUCCGGCCGCGUCGGGCUCCUUGUCGGUUUGUCAGGCGACGGGUUUGGGCGUUUGGCACUGGUCGAGGUGGAGAUGAUGGGGGAGACGGUGGUUUUGGGUUCGACCCA